AUGCCGUUGCUCCAUAAUGCUGGCGAUGUUUUCUCGCUACCACUCGCAAAGCGGCAGAAGACCGUACUCGACGAUGCCAGUCAACGGGAAUCAAGGGGUGCUGGCUCAAGGAUUUUCUCUCCCUUCCGCACAAUGGGAUUGGUCUCCCCCACGUCUGUCCCAUUUACAUGCGCUCGACUAGGCAAAGCCACUUUUCAAGUAACGACAUCCGUUGGGCGCUGUUUACACACCUACGACGUACGGCAAGGGCUGAAGCUGGUUUUCAUCAGCCGCCCACAGACGCCAGAAGACAUCACUGCGAGCUUUUCAUGGCAGGAUAAAACAUUCGCAGCCUGGGGUGCACCCGGUGCAGGAUCACAUGGCGGUAUCUGGGUAUUCAAGCGCGGCAAAAAGCUUGCGCAUCUCUCGCAGGGCGUUGGUUCUCCCGAACCAAUUGAACGGCUUCUUGUGUUCGGCUCAUGGAUCGUGGGCUGUUGCGCAAAGUCCAUCAAGAUUUGGAAAAAUGGAUCCUACGAAUAUUACACGACACUCACCUCUGCGGGUAGCGCGGUCACCCAAGUCUGCAACAUGCCAACCCACCUCAAUAAGAUCUUCGUUGGCAAGUCCGACGGAAUCGUGGAAAUUUGGAACGUAAAGACAGGCAGACUUGUUCACACCAUUCUUCCGGCAUACCCCAAUCCCGGCGCUGUGAUUGUGCUCCAGCCGAGUCCUGUUCUGUCAGUCAUCGCAGUUGCCUACAAAAAUGGGACAGUCUCCAUUCAAAACGUCGAGACCAGCCAGUCUAUCUUUUCAUUCACACACAAGCAAGCUAUAACGUCCAUAGCCUUCCGGAGUGAUGGCCUCGGUGGUGGGGAAGACGGUCGACAGCCGGGCGCGAUGGCGACUGCAAGUGUGGAUAGUGGUGACAUUACACUUUGGGACUUGAAUCGCGGUGGCCGGACUGUUGGUGUACUCCGUGGAGCUCACAGAGUUCAUCGAGAUGAUUCUGGAUCCGGAAUCAACCACAUAGAAUUCCUCGAUGCGCAACCAGUGAUCGUAUCUAGUGGAAAAGACAACUCGCUUCGCACCUGGAUAUUUGAUGAGACUCCGUUUUCCCCAAUCCCCAGACCGCUGCACGCUAGACGAGGUCAUGCGGAUAGCAUAACUACUGUUUCGUUUUUGCCCUCGGCCUCUGACGGAUCUGAAUCUACAGCUAAAUGGUUACUCAGUGCAAGCAAGGACUGCAGUCUCUGGGGAUUUAGUCUGCGAAAGGAUAGCCAAAGUACCGAGAUAUCCCAAUCCUCGGGCAAAAAGAAAGGUGAUGCGAUGGGGAGCAAUCCUUCUGCGAAUCUCAAAACACCGGAAGUGACAUGUAUCGCAUGCUCUCUAAACAGGGACGGUGGAAUGGGAAGCACGACCUCCGGGCCAAUAUGGUCGAAUCCCAGAGCAACUGACACGAGCACAUCGAACAAGACGGGGUGGGAGAGUAUAGUGACUGGACAUCGUGGAGAUAAAUAUGCUCGGACCUGGUUUUGGGGGAAGAAGAAGGCUGGGCGCUGGGUUUUUGAGACGGGCGAUGGCACGGACGUCAAGAGUGUCGCUAUUUCACAAUGUGGGACUUUUGCAUUAGUUGGGUCGGCGGGGGGUACUAUUGGCGUCUUCAACAUGCAGUCUGGUCAACAUCGACUAAGCCUGCCUUUGCAAAACACAAAGAUCAAACCGGGCCGUGGUAGCGAAGCUUUACAAAGAGGUCAUAAACAUACAAAAGCGGUCACUGGUCUGGCACUUGAUGCAUUGAAUCGGACCGCCGUUAGUUGUGGAUUGGAUGGUAAAGUCAAGUUUUGGGAUUUCCGGACUGGUCUGCUUUCCACAGAGCUUGACUGGCAUCCAAUGACAGCAAUUACAGCACUCCGACACCACCACACUAGCGAUCUUGUCGCUUUUAGCUGCGAUGAUCUUUCGAUACGGGUCGUUGAUAUGGAAACAAAGAAGGUUGUUCGCGAACUAUGGGGAUGCGCAGGGCAGAUCAAUGACUUUACUUUUUCCAACGACGGUAGGUGGGUGAUUGCUGCUUCAAUGGACUCUGUGAUUCGAGUCUGGGACUUGCCAACUGGUCAUCUCAUCGACCUGUUUCGUGUCUCCAGCACAUGCACUUCACUUGCAAUGUCUCCAACGGGGGAUUUUCUCGCCACAGCUCAUGCAGAUGGCGUGGGCAUAGGCCUCUGGUCGAACAAGAGCCUGUUCAUUCCGGUGUCGACACGGAACCUGAAUAUAGAAAAUAUUCUGGACUCGACUCUCCCAAGCUCUUCUGGCGAGGGUGGUGUUGGCGUUCUCGAUGCUGCGUUCACGCAGGACGAUGAACACAGCGAUAGCGAGGGCCCUAUCUUGCCGACCAAGCAGCUCAGCCAAGGUAUGUUGACGCUCAGUCUUGUUCCUAAGAACAAGUGGCAGACUCUGGUCCACAUGGACCUCAUCAAGGAGCGAAACAUGCCAAAAGAGCCACCGAAAGCGCCGGAGAAGGCCCCGUUCUUCCUCCCUACGCCUUCGUCCAACGACGAACAUAUAAAAUCAACGCUCGAAGAUAAAACACGUACCGAGUUAUCCCGUGUUGGUAAGGUACAGUUUUCCGCGAGUCACAUCGCAGGCUCUCGGUUCACAACACUGUUGAACGCAGGUUGCCUGUCUGGAGAUUUUGACUCAUUCUUUGAUGAGGUAAAACUUAUGAACCCAUCAAGAUUGGAGCUUGAGAUUAGGUCUUUGGACCCGAAAGUCCAAGGGGUCCAAUCUGAAAUGUCAGCGUUUGUUCUGGCGUUAUCGAGUCGCCUCGCAUCGGGAAGGGAUUUUGAGCUUGUCAAUGCUUGGAUGGCAGUAUUUUUACGAAUUCACUCCGACGUUGUUUCCGAGUGCUCGGCGUCAAGUCUGGAUGCAGACGGCAAGUUGCGAAACUCCCUUUACAGUUGGAGUUGCGUACAGCAGCGGGAGGUACAGCGUCUUGCGAGCCUUGUAGGUUAUUGCCGAGGUGUUGUUGGGUUCCUAAGGUCUCCACGCUAG